AUGGAGCAAUCGGUUCCGGUCCCGUCCAGAGCCGAUAAGAGCAAAGGGGCAGCAACACACUCUCGCCAUGGGAGCAUUGAUGAGAACCCGAGAGUUUCCUCCUCGUCAUUCCCUUCCUCGUCAACAGCGUCUGCAGCAAAAGCCGACCGAGAGGGAGACCAGCCAAAUGCUUUUUUCGAAGAAGACGACAGGAAUAGCCAUAUCAGGGAGAGGCCGAGAAAACACCACCAUAGGCGUAUGAGCUCAAGGAGACAUGCCAGUCCGGGACGAUCGCCAAACCCUAUGGAAUAUGCGCCGCAGAGUCCGGACGAUCCACCAAGAGGGCCACCUCACGGCUAUUUCAAUGGGCGGCCCCCAAUGCCAAAUGGACCGCUCAGGAAUGACAACGCUCGCUUCCCGCCCAUACAGACUCUCCCAGGGAACUUCCCCAACGGAUUUGGCUCUCCAGAAAGGCCAUUUGUCGUCCCUGACCCGCCGCCGGUGUUUAUUCCAUCGCCCAUGCAGGCUUCGUUCCCUCCGCAGAUGCCCCCAAUGCCACCGCCACAUCAUCAGCUCAGCGGACUGCCUCUCAGCGGCUACGAACUCCUCGCUGCCAAACUGUCAGGGGGCUUGUCAGGACCAAGACUUGCUCCCAUCUACCGACGGUUUGAAUCCCUUCAUCACCGGCUACUUUUGCAUAUGCAGGAUGAACUCAUAGAAUUAGAAGAGCAGCUGCAUAACCUUGAUGCGGCAGACACGCAAAAGAGAAAAUUUCCAGGAGGGAUAUUCCCAGCAUCUCGUCGAAAAGAAAACAUGAGCCCGACUGACGCAACCUGGAAGAAGAAAGAAAUUAUAGGCCACAUUGCGGCAAAGCUAUACCAGUAUAAUCAAGUCAUCACUUCAUUCAGCGCAACUUACAACAUGGCUGAGCCGAGCAUCCAGGACGUUGUGAACUAUCGAUCGUACCUCAACGCCAUCAACCCUCUUGUAGAGGACGAGUGUCAGUUUCUCGAAGCCGCCGAUGAUCUCAUCAAUCUGGGACGGCGCAGGCGGCGCUCAAACGGCAACCCUCAAGAUGAUCCUCUCAGUCCCAUGCCCCGGUCAUCCAGCGUCGUUGGGUUUCCUCCACCUCCCAGUAGCCAAAUCUCUAAUGCCGGCAGCUCGACUUAUCAAAACAUGGCACAAGUUUCUUCCCUCAAACGCCUCGUUUUGGCCAUGGCGAUGAUUGUGCUCGCUCCUAUUAUUUGCUUCGCCGUGAUCCCAGGAUUCGUCGGCCGUAUGACUGUCGUCUUUCUAAAGAUCGAAGCACGUUGGAUUGGGUUCUUUGUGCGGGUGUAUAUGGAGGAGUAA